GCUGCGCAGAUCCAGCGGGAGCGGGGCCGGGCCCCGGGCAGAAACUCAAGCAAAUGCUGUGGCUCCUCGUUCCUGCCUGCUGACCACGCCAGGGUAGCCAUGACACAACCCAGCUUCCAGGAGUGAGGGGGAGAGGUGGAGAGAGACCUGUCUCAGGCCGAGGCCCCGUGACGGCACCAAUGGAGAGCGUGUACUCGGUGGACCCAGCGCCGGACGGUGCCGGCCCCACCUCGCUGGACGUGCUCAGCUUCCUGGACACCCUGGUGAACAGUACAGAGGAGCAAUGCUUCAGUGCCCGCUCCCGCAGCACCGUCCUGCAAGGGCUGCCCUUCGGUGGCGUGCCCACCGUGCUUGCCAUCAACUUCAUCCUCUGGCUGCUUCUCCUCCUGAUCUUCUCCUGCCUUCGGAAAGCGGCUUGGGACUAUGGGCGCCUGGCGCUGCUGAUGGACAACGAUAGCUUGACGUCACUUUUCUAUGGGGAGCAGAGCGAGAAGGAGAAGUCCCCGUCGGAGAGCAGCCCCCUGGAUGCCGACAACAAGGACGUGGGCUUCUGCUCCUGGCUCAUUUCCAUCUACCAGAUGAAGGAUGAGGAGAUUCAGAGCAAGUGUGGGAUCGACGCCACCACCUACCUCUCCUUCCAGCGGCACCUCCUGGUCCUGCUGAUGCUGGUCUGCGUGCUGUCCGUGGCCGUCAUCUUGCCCGUCAACUUCUCGGGGGACCUCCUGGGACACAACCCCACGCACUUCGGCCGGACAACCAUCGCCAACAUCCCGACACAGGACCGUCUCCUGUGGCUGCACAGCAUCUUUGCCCUCAUCUAUUUCAUCCUCACCAUCCUCUGCAUGGCUCACCACUCCAUCCAUCUGGAAUACAGAGAAAACGAGAAGGUUGCACGGACAUUGAUGGUUACCCACAUCCCCAAGGAGAUCACAGACCCUUCCCUCAUCAUCAAGCAUUUCCACGAGGCAUAUCCCAGCUGCACUGUCACCAACGUCCAGUUCUGCUUCGAUGUCCGCAAGCUGAUGAAGCUGGAUGUGGAGAGGCGCAAGGCAAUGAAAGGGAGGCUUUACUUCACCACCAAGGCACAGAAAGAGGGGAAGAUCAUGAUCAAAACCCACCCUUGUGCCCGCAUCUUCUGCUGCCGCUUCUGUGGCUUUGAGCAGGUGGACGCUGAGCAGUACUAUGGGGAGCUGGAGGAGAAGCUCACGGAUGAGUUCAACGCCGAGCGCAACCGCAUCAUGCUGAAGCGGCUCGACAUGGCCUUCGUCACGUUCCAGGAUGAGCGGAUGACGGCUGUGAUUUUGAAGGACUACAGCCACAUCCACUGCCGCAAGCACCCUCAGCAGUCCUCCGUGACCACCGUGGUUAAGUCGCACCACUGGGGCGUGCGCUACGCCCCCGCACCCAACGAUAUCAUCUGGGAGAACUUGUCGGUCCGUGGCACAUCCUGGUGGCUGCGAUUCAUCCUCCUUAAUAUCUGCCUCUUCAUUCUCCUCUUCUUCCUCACCACACCAGCCAUCAUCGUCAAUACCAUGGACAUGUUCAAUGUCACACGGCCUGUGGAGAGCCUCAAGAACCCCAUCAUCACCCAGUUCUUCCCCACGCUGCUGCUCUGGGCCUUCUCUGUCUUCCUGCCUUUCCUCGUCUACUACUCGGCCUUCUUCGAGUCGCACUGGACAAGGUCAAGUGAGAAUCAGCUCACCAUGCACAAGUGUUUCUUCUUCCUGGUGUUCAUGGUCAUCAUCCUGCCCUCGCUGGGCCUGACCAGCUUGGACCUCUUCUUCCGCUGGCUCUUCGACACCCACUUCCUGGACGAGGCCGACAUCAAGUUCCAGUGCGUUUUCCUCCCAGACAAUGGCGCUUUCUUUGUCAACUACGUCGUCACCUCCAGCCUGAUCGGGACAGCCAUGGAGCUGCUGCGCAUCCCCGGCCUCCUCGUCUACACCGCCCGCCUUUGCCUCGCCAAGUCCGAGCCUGAGCGGCUCCACAUCAAGCGGAGCCAAGCCUACCAGUUCCAGUUUGGGCUGGAGUAUGCCUGGACCUGCUGCAUCUUCUCCGUCGUCAUGACCUACAGCAUCACCUGCCCCAUCAUUGUCCCCUUUGGUUUGCUCUACAUGCUGCUCAAGCACAUGGUUGAUCGGUACAACAUCUACUACGUGUACAUCCCCACCAAGCUGAACCAGCGCCUCCACGUCGCCGCCAUCAGCCAGGUCGUGGUGGCCCCCAUCCUCUGCAUGUUCUGGCUGCUUUUCUUCUCCGUCCUGCGCCUCGGUCCCACACGCCCUGUCACCCUCUUCACCUUUGUGGUCCUCCUCUCCUGUAUCAUCUUCUCCUUCUUUGGCCUCUGCCUGAAGAAGCUGCAGCCACGGAAACCAUCCAGCUACCAGAUGUCCGAUCAGUCCGAGGGCGCCUUCAAUGAUGCUGAGCGGAGCAGCGUCUCCUCCACCCCCAACUCCAACCUCUUCGUGGCCACGGUCCUGCAGGAGCCUGAGCUGAGCCUGACGCCGGCAGCCUCCCCGGCACACCAGUCCUAUGGCACCAUGGGCAACCACCUGGAGCCGGCAGAGGAUGGGGAGGAUGGGGGCCUGCAGAGCUUCGAGACGGAGCUAGAGACAGUGGAGGGCGAGUACAGGACGGGCCCUGUGCUGGAGAGCCAGCCCCGCUACCAGUGAGCAUCCCCGCUGCCAGGGUGAGAGCCGAGAGCAGAGGAUGUGCAGGGGGCAGGACAGAGCCCACCUGCAGCCCCCAGGUCCUUGCACCGCCCCUGCCGCCAGCACCGACGGGUGCCCACUUGGCUGAUGGACCCAUGCACGGGUGCUGCCGGACAGGGGGACAGCAGGACUGCUGCGAGGGGGGGUCCCCAACCUAUUGCAAGGUGGCGUGGCCCUGCUGUUCCGGAGCAGCUCGGCCACCCUGUACCCCCCUAUCCCUGUCGGCCUCUUCCAGUCCAGGGUGGGGAAGAGGAGGUGCAGCCCCGUGAGGGGAGGUCUCCCUGAAAGACCUUACUGCAAGGAAAGGAGGGAGGCCCUGCCUGCAGCCGCACGUCCUCUCGGCCACACCAAACCUUUGCUUGCCCACCCGCUGCUGCUGCUGCCCAUGACGGCUGGUUUGCUCCUUCCCGUGGCCCUGGGUGCUGGCUCCAGCCCCCAACACCACCCCCAGGGCUUCACCAAUUAAAGCAGGGGCUGCUGAGAUGCUCGUGCUUUGGCCUGCGUGAGUGCAUGGGGCUGGAGCAGCUCCUCCUGCUCCCACGCCUGCCUGAGCACCAGCCGCCCUUCCUGGGGGCAGCAUCAAAACGCACACCCCGCUAUCCCGCGGUGCCAAGACCCCCAUCCUGGCAGGGUUUGCCCUGCCCUAUGCCCUCCCUCUGCUGCUGCAACGUGCUUGUGCCCUAGGGUCUUCAGGGAUGAGUGUGUUUCGUGGCCAUGACAGCAGCUGCCUUUUGACGGUGGCUCCCAUCCUCCUGCUCCUGCUGCCCGUGCUUUCCCUGGGACAGGCCAUGGGGAUCUGCACAGCUCCAUCCCAUUGCAACAGAGACAGGGGUGCUGGCAGCACC